UUGAAAUAACCAGGUCUCUUGCCGCUUUCUCUUCCGCUAAUAACAAUCAGAGCUUUUAGGGUUUCCUUCGUCCUUUGGUUUUCGUACGCCGCCAUAUUUUUAGGGUUGGGGUUUCAAGUGUUGAAAACUACCUCAUUAGUAUUCGCCAUUAUCGAACCUUGGAUUUCUUCUUAAUAUACAAAAAAGAGAACUUCGGAUUCGUCUUCCCUCUAAAAGUUGAAUUUUUUCUUCUUCUAGGGUUUCAGAUCUAGAAACCCCAACUUUUUUUUGCAGGGGUUCUUGAAAGUUGGCGCCUUUUUGUAUUUGGGUUUUUUUUAUCUCAACUAUUGCAGAAAAACCGAGGUUUAUUUGGAGUUGAGGCAUUGUAGGCGCUUCUAUUGUAUUGCAGGAAGCCCUGGUUUUACAGGCUGUGCCUUUGUUUCUUGGUGGUUGUUUUGCCUUUGAUAUAACUUAACUAAUGAGAUCUAGAUCUUGAAAUACUUUAGUACCUGACGUGAACACUCCUUCUCAUCUAUACUCUGAUAUAUACUCUUCUAUCAGCUGGGUUUUACCUCUUUCUCCCCUGUAAAUAUAUAUACUCCUCUAUCAGCUGGGUUUUACCUCUUUCUCCCCUGUAAAUCUAUAGACCCUUCCCUCUUUCUCCCCUGUAAACACCAUGGCAGUGAAUACGAGGCCUUUUAAGAAGCCGAAGAGGAGAGUAAUAGCCGAUCUUGUGCCAUUCCACGAGUUUCAGGCAACUGUUGCUGGGUUUUCAGGCGAUUUUGAUGGGCCUUUCAGAUCAAAUAUCAAAGCUUUUAUCUCCAAAUUUUCUCAAUCAUCUCCUUUUUCUCCCUAUAUAUACUUUAUUACAUGGCACAUUAUGUUUCGGGUAUUCGAUCAGUGUGGUGAUGAAAAAGUUAUUACUCUUAGCAUUGUGGAAGAAGAUGUGAGGCACUCGAAAUAUGUUUACUGUGACCACUGCAGGGUUGUGGGUUGGAGUGGCCAUCCAGUUUGUGCAAAGCGCUACCAUUUCAUCAUUCGGCUGGACGGUGAAUCCAGUGGUGCAUACCAAAAGGCAUGCACUAGCUGUGGAUCCCUCGUCCCUUCACUAGAAUUAAGGUGCAAGUUCUGCAAUUAUGAGAUGAAUGAGGAUGAUAUGGAAGAUUGGGCAUAUCUCCAGUUACAGGACCCCACUCAUCUUCUACAUGGAGUUGUUCAUUCCAAUGGCUAUGGCCACCUUCUCAGAGUAAAUGGCCGGGAAGGCGGUUCCAAGUUCCUUUCCGGUUGCGAAAUCAUGGACUUCUGGGAUCGCCUUUGCACCAUCCUGAGAGUUAGGAAAGUGAGUGUCUUGGAUGUUUCAAAGAAGUACGGGCUUGAAUACCGUCUCCUCCAUGCCAUGGCCAUCGGCCGCCCCUGGUAUGGCAACUGGGGCUAUGAGUUUGGCUCAGGCAGCUUUGCCCUGACCGAAGCCUCUUAUCAAGAGGCCAUCGACCUCCUUUCUUCUCGUUCUCUUACGCCACAAAUCCAAGCACUAGUAGUCUACUACCGUUUGAUAACAGGUUUGGAGAUCUCGACUGUGCAUGACCUGAUCAGAUGCUUGAUGCAGCUCUUGCACAGGGCCAGUGGGCCAGGGGAGAUUAAGGGCUUAGAGAGGGGUGAAAAAUUAGGUCUCACGGGGUGUGCAGACGAGGAAGUGGGGAGGGUUGUUGAGGAUUUUUUUAGGGUUUUGGCGGUGGUUGGGAAGGAGCGGUGGAUCUCAUGGAAGAGCUUAAAGGGGGCAGUGGCUGGCCAAGGGAGGGAUGUUCGAAUGGUUGAGUUUGCAAUGAGGCGAAUGCUGUUGGAGGGUGUUGGAAGAUUUGCGGUUCGCUGUGAAGCGGAUGCACCCAUGCCAGAGUUCAGGCUGGAAGUCGACCCGAGUUCCCGAGCGUCAACUCUCCCUCUGCCAAAAGACCAGCUUCUUAAUGACCUCUGUCUCAUCUACAGGUCUUUCCACCCUGAAACUAUGCCUUCGACCGAACCCUACAAAUCAGCGGCCAUCAAAAUACUCGACUGCAAGCAUUUCAUUAAAGACUACCAAGCCCAAGUCCCAAAACUUGCUCCCCUCUUGGCUCCCUCUAAAAAUCAAGUAACCCUUUGGGUCCGGUGUCAAAUAAACGAUACCAAAACUUACCCUCUCCCGCCUCCUGAGUUAGUCAGCCUUCCACCCACUGGCACCGUUGCCGACCUCAAGCUGGAGGCUGCAAAGAUCUUCCAAGAGGUUUAUAUCUUUUUCAAAAGGUUCCAGCCUGAGGACAUUCUUGAUUUAUGGGGAGUUAAGGAUGAUACCCAAGUGAACCUCUUGGUGGGACCUAAUGCCUCAGUCACUGUAAUUGGUAGGGUGCUUGGUGGUGUUUCAGGGAUUUCUCGGUUUCGGUUAGAGAAAGGAAUAGAUACUUGGGUGGUCGAGUGUUCUUGUGGAGCAAGAGAUGAUGACGGAGAAAGAAUGUUGGCUUGCGAUGGUUGUGGGGUUUGGCAGCACACAAGGUGUGUAGGAUUAGAGGACUCCCAACCUGAACCUGACUGGUUCUUGUGCAAGAGAUGUGACAACGGUGACAAAUGGCAAAAAGCUAAAAAGCCCAUGCAGAGUGAGAAAGGGCCCAGAAGACGAAAACCAGGUCGUUGUCGUGGGGCUGGAGGGAUGAGAGUGAGGUUUGAGAGCCUACCAACCCCUAGUGUAAAGUAGGUUUUGACCCUUUUGGUUUUUUGGAAUUGGCCCUUCUCUUUUGUAGGGUUAUUUUCAUUUUUUUUAUUUAUUUUGUCGGCAGAUUGUAAAUGUUUGGGGUUUUUGUAGCAGUGUUCACUGCAGAAAUGUAAAAAUGUUUAUUUUAUUGCUAGUGAGUUCCGCUUUUUCCUCGUGAAUAGAAAAGUACUCCCUCUCUGAA